AAUAAUAACAGAAGAAACGAAUUUGGUAGAAGUUAUCCCAAAAGUAGCAAUAUAUCGAUUGCAUAUUGAUAGUUUUGCCGUUCUUAUCGCAUCCAUCACAGAAAUUUGACAUUUUCUUUGUACAUUAAUCUAACACGUCAGCUACAGCAAAACUAAAUUUCGACGAAUAGAUGCUAAAAAUUGUGUUAAUAUUAUUUGCUCUUCCAUUAAAACGCUCUUAAAUCGAAUACAAAUAUUCACUAAGAUGGUCUUGAUUGCUGCGGCUGUGUGUACGAAGAAUGGCAAAGUGAUUAUAUCACGGCAAUUUGUCGAGAUGACUAAAGCGCGUAUUGAGGGAUUGCUUGCCGCUUUUCCCAAGCUGAUGACUUCCGGAAAGCAACAUACUUAUGUGGAAACGGAAUCUGUGCGGUACGUUUAUCAGCCAAUGGAAAAACUUUAUAUGUUGCUAAUUACAACAAAAGCAAGUAAUAUAUUGGAAGAUUUGGAAACACUACGCUUAUUUUCCAAAGUGAUCCCAGAGUACUGCCAUAGUUUAGAUGAGAAAGAAAUUCUUGAAAAUGCUUUCAACUUGAUUUUCGCUUUCGAUGAAAUCGUUGCUCUUGGCUAUCGCGAGAGUGUUAAUUUAAAACAAAUCAAAACAUUCAUUGAAAUGGAUUCGCAUGAGGAGAAAGUUUAUCAAGCAGUUCGGCAGACCCAAGAGCGUGAAGCCCAUCAAAAAAUGCGUGAAAAAGCGAAGGAGUUGCAGCGACAGCGCCUGGAGGCAGCUAAACGCGGUGGUAGCGCCUCACUAAUAGCUCGUGGAGGGCAUGGCAGUGGCAGCGGUAACAUGGAUGCUUUCGGAAUCAGUUCUAGUUCAAUAAACAGCGCACCGUCUAUUGAAUCUGAUUUGAAACCAUCAGUUCAAAAAACUCAGAAACCCAUUGCACGAAAUGCUCUGAAAUUAGGUGGAAAAACUAAAGACGUGGACAGUUUUGUUGAUCAACUGAAGAGUGAGGGUGAGAAGAUUUCCAGUUUGGCACCAAUUAACAACCAAAACAGUGUGGCCGUGGCCAAGACUAAAAUCUCUUCAGACGUACCCACUGAAAGUAUACACCUCAAGAUGGAAGAUAAGCUCACUGUGCGUCUUGGUCGUGAUGGCGGCUUGCAACAAUUUGAACUCUCCGGCUUAUUAACGUUACGCAUUUCUGAUGAAAAUUUUGGACGCAUUAAGGUACAAUUGCGCAACAAUGACACCCAUGGCAUACAAUUGCAAACACAUCCCAAUGUUGACAAGGAGUUAUUUAAGACGCGCUCAAUAAUAGGAUUGAAAAAUCCUGCUAAACCAUUCCCAUUAAACACCGAUGUGGGUGUUCUGAAGUGGCGUUUCAUAACUCAGGAUGAAGCGGCCAUACCUUUGACAAUUAACUGCUGGCCAUCUGAAAACGGUGAAGGUGGAUGUGAUGUAAACAUCGAAUACGAAUUAGAGGCACAACAUUUGGAAUUGCAGGAUGUGUCCAUCACCAUACCACUGCCUAUGAAUGUUCAACCGUCUGUUGCGGAAUAUGACGGGACGUACAACUAUGAUGCGCGAAAGCACGUGCUUCAGUGGAAUAUACCCAUUAUUGAUGCUAAUAACAAAUCUGGUUCAAUGGAGUUUAGCUGCAAUUCAUCAAUUCCUGGUGAUUUCUUUCCACUACAGGUGUACUUCGUAUCAAAAACUCCUUACGCUGCUCUAAAUGCCACGGAUGUAUUUCUUAUCGAUGAUGAUAGUUCAGUAAAAUAUUCAACUGAAGCUAUGCUAUUUGUUGAAAAAUAUGAAAUUGUUUAAAAAUUGUAGCAUUGCUAAACGUAUUUGUUGUACUAAAAAUCACCAACAUUUAACAUGAAAAAUAUGAAAAAUAUGUAAGCCGCGUGAAACGUACUUUUGCAAAUUACUUACAUGAAUAAUUAUCAUACCAUAUAAAUACUUACCAUUUUAAUUAUGUAUACUGUUUAUGCUUACUGGUUCAUAUAUAAAGAUUCAGAAACAAUUGAGCUGUAUUGGCUCAUGGAAAAGUGAAACUGAACAUGUAUACGGGCUUGGUAUUUUUUCUUGUUAAUAGUUUGUAAUCAGCAGCAUAGAAAUUCCACAAUUAUUUACGAAAUAGUUUUAUAUAAAUCAGAAUUGUAAAAUUUAAUAAAAAAUAUAAGAAAUUUUUGUUGCCCAAAUGCAAUGUAUUAUAUAAUAUAUGCAUUGUUUGUAAUGAUU